AAUAAUAAUAAUAAUAAUAAUAAUAAUAAUAAUAAUAAUGGGAAUGAAGAGAAACUGAAAAAAGAAAAACAACAACAACAACGAGAGGCGUUUAUGCGAGGAGAAGAGAAUAAACGUCUGGUGAUUUUACAAGAUCAACAAAUAUACCGAGAGGUAUUAGAAGGGGAACUCAGGCGGGUCCUUCAGUUACUUUUCUUUGAAAGUGAACAGAAAAGAGUAAGUAAAUCCUCGCGACCAGCAUCAUCAGCAUCAUCAGUAUCUAAACAACAAAAACAAAUACAAAAACAACAAAAAGAAGAAGAAGGAGAAUCAUCAUCAUCCAGAAGUCGACAACAACAAAAGUAUAGAGUUGUGCCGCUCCUCAUUGAAGUACCGCUAUCAACACCACCACCAAGAGAACAUUCCAUUACCUGUACUACUUCACCGCGUGAACGUCGGCGAAGCAGCAACAGUAAUAAUAAUACUAUUAAUAAUAAUAAUAAUAAUAAUAAUAANCUGUGA